GCAUCUUCAGACCUCCACCACCUGCUGAGGAUGUGGCGAUGCUGGCCCGUGCUGCUGUCAGCGGCGAUGAAAGUGCUCUAGACAUGUUUAACUGGAAGAAGAGCAAUAAAGGAGGGUUUGCGCUGGGAUCACAGGAAGGAAUGGCAUUCUACAUCAGUACAGCUGAUGGGAGCGUGUACAGCGUGGAUGAGCAGGUGCGGAGUGUGCCGUUGCUGUCUGUUGAGAGUGCGGUACAGAAGAUGUGGUACUCCAAGAGGAGGGCCGUUCUCGCCGUGGUAACAGACUCACUGCUGCUCUCUCACUUCAGUCUUGGACCGGAAGGAAUCGCUCAGGAGAUCAGUAAGGUGAAGCUCAGUGGCAGAGGUGGGCAGCACGCAGACAUUGUGUGGACAGAAAAUGGUUUGCUCAUCACAGCAUCAGGAGAACAACACAUUAGGUUGUGGGAUGUGGAGCUAGAUGAUCAUUACGCUCUGACGCUGGAUGAGUCUCUGGGCUUUGAGAAAGGAGAACUGCUCAACUGUGUUUCCUUUUGCACUUCUAAACAAGUUCUUGCAGCAGGUACCAGCAGAGGUCGUGUUGCUCUGUGGCACAUGGUGACAGUGAGUGAUCAGAAAGGAGACACAAAGAUACACUGGAAACUCCAAACACCAGCAGAGGUGGAAGGAAACAUCUCACAGCUACAAUGGGGUUCGAGCUCUCAUCUGUUGGCUGUCUGCAGCAGCAGCUGUGUGGUGAUCCUGUCAGAGCAUGUGAUGUGUUCUCAUUACAGCCAGCAGAUGGCAGCAGUGCAGCUCACGCCAACACAGCUCAGCCUGGCCAACUUCAACACCAACACACACAUCACCUUCCACACAGACACACACAUCAGAGCCGUGCAAGUCACCAGGGAUAUGGUGACGGUGGGGAACGGGAAAUAUAUCACUGUGUACGAGCCAUCAGGACAAACCCUACACAGCACAGGUUCUUUCCAGUGUGAGUCUCCUGCUCUUGCGGUACAUGAAGAAAACAUUUAUACCGUCGAACCAAACCGUGUCCAGAUCCGCACGCCGCAGGGCACUGUGAAGCAGUUGUUGGUGUUUUCUGAAGCGGAAGGAAACCCCACACUGCUGAGUGUGUGUGGAUCUUACCUGGCCGUGGGAACAGAUACGGGUCACGUCAGAGUCUUUGACCUCACACGCAGGGAGGCCAAAGCCAUGGGUGUCAUGAAGAACCUCUCUGAGCUCAUUCCUGACCUGGGCGCUCUGAGAUCAGUCAAAUGCAAUGCCAGCGGAAAUCAGUUGAGCAUCCUUAUUACACAGGUGAACGGGCGACCGGAUAACAAAGUGUAUUUCUAUGACAUCGAGCUGGACACGCUGUCUUACUUCAACUUCUUCACAGGGAGGCCAGAGAGCAGUCUCGCACAGUCUGAGGACAGUCAAAGAACUCGAUGUGAGGGGGAGUUGGCCGCCCGCUGCCCUGUUUCUCAGUUCUGGGACGAGAACGAGUCUCGUCUGUUUGUGUGUGAAACAGUUCCCGUGAACUCUGACCUCCACUGCAGCAGCCAAUCACAAAUAGAGAAGGAGGAUGUGUUGGUGGUGACGUUCUUUGUGACACAGGAACAUGGUCUCCUCCUGCAGGACUCACAGCCUAAACCUGCUACGCUGCUCUCUCUACUGGCUUUAGAUACACCGUAUUACUAUUAUAUUUGCAAGCUCUUAUUUCGGAGGGGAGGCCUCGUUCUCCCUGAUCUGGGUGAGGGUGGAGAUCAGGUGGUCUCGACUCCCUCCGCCGCACCCCAGGUGCCUUCGUCCCCUCAGAUGGUGAUACGGCGAGCCCUCCGAGACUUUGUGGGGUUAGAGAGCUGCGAGAAACAGACCCGAGACGCCAUGCUGAACUUCAGCUUCUACCUCACUAUAGGGGACAUGGACGAAGCAUUUAAAGCCAUCAAACUCAUCAAGAGGUUAAAAGUAGUUUUUCCUAGUGAAAAUGAGUUCUGUGUGAAUGACCCCUUCAGAUGUUCUUUCCAGUGUGAGUCUCCUGCUCUUGCGGUACAUGAAGAAAACAUUUAUACCGUCGAACCAAACCGUGUCCAGAUCCGCACGCCGCAGGGCACUGUGAAGCAGUUGUUGGUGUUUUCUGAAGCGGAAGGAAACCCCACACUGCUGAGUGUGUGUGGAUCUUACCUGGCCGUGGGAACAGAUACGGGUCACGUCAGAGUCUUUGACCUCACACGCAGGGAGGCCAAAGCCAUGGGUGUCAUGAAGAACCUCUCUGAGCUCAUUCCUGACCUGGGCGCUCUGAGAUCAGUCAAAUGCAAUGCCAGCGGAAAUCAGUUGAGCAUCCUUAUUACACAGGUGAACGGGCGACCGGAUAACAAAGUGUAUUUCUAUGACAUCGAGCUGGACACGCUGUCUUACUUCAACUUCUUCACAGGGAGGCCAGAGAGCAGUCUCGCACAGUCUGAGGACAGUCAAAGAACUCGAUGUGAGGGGGAGUUGGCCGCCCGCUGCCCUGUUUCUCAGUUCUGGGACGAGAACGAGUCUCGUCUGUUUGUGUGUGAAACAGUUCCCGUGAACUCUGACCUCCACUGCAGCAGCCAAUCACAAAUAGAGAAGGAGGAUGUGUUGGUGGUGACGUUCUUUGUGACACAGGAACAUGGUCUCCUCCUGCAGGACUCACAGCCUAAACCUGCUACGCUGCUCUCUCUACUGGCUUUAGAUACACCGUAUUACUAUUAUAUUUGCAAGCUCUUAUUUCGGAGGGGAGGCCUCGUUCUCCCUGAUCUGGGUGAGGGUGGAGAUCAGGUGGUCUCGACUCCCUCCGCCGCACCCCAGGUGCCUUCGUCCCCUCAGAUGGUGAUACGGCGAGCCCUCCGAGACUUUGUGGGGUUAGAGAGCUGCGAGAAACAGACCCGAGACGCCAUGCUGAACUUCAGCUUCUACCUCACUAUAGGGGACAUGGACGAAGCAUUUAAAGCCAUCAAACUCAUCAAGAGUGAGGCGGUGUGGGAGAACAUGGCACGGAUGUGUGUGAAGAGUUGUCGUCUGGACGUGGCGCGCGUGUGUCUGGGGAACAUGGGAAACGCGCGGGCCGCUCGUGCUCUCAGGGACGCUGAAAAAGAGCCAGAGGUGGAGGCACAGGUGGCCGUUCUGGCUACACAGCUGGGCAUGCUGGAGGAUGCAGAGCGUUUGUAUAAGUCAUGCGGGAGGUUUGAUUUAUUGAAUAAGUUUUAUCAGGCGGCAGGUCAAUGGCAGCAGGCGGUGGAGACGGCAGAAACGCACGACCGCAUUCACCUCCGAACCACUUACUACAGCUACGCCAAACACCAGGAGGCCAUGGGAGACAAGAACCUAGCGCUGGUGUAUUUUGAGAAGUCAGACACACAUCGGUUUGAAGUGCCGAGAAUGCUGAUGGAGGACAAUCUAUCACUGGAGAUCUACAUCAAUAAAAUGAAGGACGAGGAUCUGUACAAGUGGUGGGGUCAUUAUCUAGAGAGCCAAUCAGACAUGGAGGCUGCGCUGCAUUACUAUGACCUCGCUCAGGACUACCUGUCUCAAGUGCGCGUGCACUGUUAUCUAGGAAACAUUCAAAAGGCGAGUGAGAUAGCCAAUGAGACGGGCAACAGAGCAGCGUCUUAUCAUGUUGCACGGCAGUACGAGGGACAGGAUGAAAUCAGCCAGUCGGUGCAUUUUUACACACGAGCGCAAGCCUAUAAUAAUGCCAUACGACUGUGUAAAGAGAAUAACUUGGACGAGCAGCUCAUGAAUUUGGCACUGCUUAGCAAUCCAGAGGACAUGAUGGACACAGCAAUGUAUUAUGAAGAGAAAGGAAUGCACAUGGACCGAGCUGUUAUGCUUUAUCAUAAGGCAGGUCAUGUGUCUAAGGCUUUGGAGCUAGCUUUUGCCACAGAGCAGUUUGGAGCUCUGCAGCUGAUUGCAGAGGACCUAAAUGAAAACAGUGACCCUGCCCUACUAGCACGCUGCUCUGAUUUCUUCAUAAAGCACGCUCAGUACCAGAAAGCUGUGGAAUUGCUGGUGGCUGCCAAAAAGUACCAUGAGGCGCUCCAGUUGUGUUUGGACCAGAGUUUGAGCAUCACAGAAGAUCUGGCCGAAAGUCUGACGGUGCCAAAAGACUCGUCCCAUCUGUCUGAGGCCGGGAGAAAGGAACUGCUGGAGAAAAUCGCAGACUGCUGCAUGCGACAGGGCAACUACCACUUAGCCACUAAGAAAUACACACAAGCUGGAAACAAGAUCAAGGCAAUGCGAGCGCUGUUGAAAUCCGGCGAUACCGAGAAAAUAGUGUUUUUCGCAGGUGUUUCCAGACAGAAGGAAAUUUACGUGAUGGCAGCCAACUACCUGCAGUCACUGGACUGGAGGAACGACGCGGAGAACAUGAAGAACAUCAUCGGCUUCUACACAAAAGGACGUGCGCUCGAUCUGCUCGCUGGCUUUUAUGAGGCCUGUGCUGAGGUGGAAAUUGACGAUUAUCAGAAUUAUGAGAAGGCGUAUGGCGCUCUGACGGAGGCGUGCAAGUGUCUGACUAAAGCAAAGGGUCGCAGUGGAGACGAGGCUGACAGCAAACUUCUCAUAUUGACACAGAGAUUCGGCCUCGUCAAGAGAUUCAUUCAGGCAAGAAGGAUGCAUGAGGAGGAUCCAGUGGAAGCGGUGCGUUUGUGCGAGUCUCUGCUGGAAGAGAAGGAUCUGGACCCUGCAGUGCGUGUUGGAGAUGUGUAUGGGUUCCUGGUGGAGCACUACUGCCAUCAUGGCAACUUUCAGCAGGCUUGGACUAAAAUAGAGGAAUUGAGAUCAACGCGUCCCAACAUAAACUUGAGCUUGUACGUGAGUCAAGCCAGUCUGGAGGCUCUACAGAACGCUGCUGGGGUCCGUCUGGUCUACAGAGAGACGAACACCCAUACUGCAGAGGAUGAUGAAGAGGUGGAGGAAGAUGAGAACAUCAAUCAUUGAGAGAACGACUUGCUUAGGAGGUCCUCAAGAUAACUGGAGAAAAUUGCAUAGAUUUUUCAAUGCGUACAGUACACGACAAGCCUACAGAAACCUGCCUGCCUGAGACUUGGUUUACUCACACCGUUUAAAAAAAAAAAGUGCCAUAUUUCUAUGCGACUGCCAGUCUAGUAAAUGGCACGUCUUCGAUUGGUGUGAUUUUGUUAAAGCCACUUUGCAGGUUGCCUUAGUAGAGUAGCUUGUGUGCGAAUGCCCAGAAUGCACUUACAUACGUGAUGUGUGUGUGGCCUUUUGAACAAGAAUGCCGUGGGACCAUUAUUUUUAAGUCAUUUUGUACAAUUUACAAAUUAUUUAAUGACCAGACUUGUUCUGCUAUCUUGGUAUCAUAUAUCUUGUAUACAUUUUAAUACAUUUUUCUACAUUUACUUAAUCAUAUUGAGUGAA